UCGCUGUUCGGACCUGGCGCGUUUUAGUUGAUCGUCUUCCAUCGCUCCGACCAGUCGUCGUCACCGUCACUGUCAGUCACCGCGUUAGUGCUCACAAGUCGUAGACCUCGACCAGUCCGCGCAUCUAGCCCCGGUGCGUUUGCGUGUGUGCUUUUAGCAAACGCUAUCAGAACCGUCCUUUUACGUGUGCAGCAAAUAUCGCAUGUCAUACAGUGAAGGCAAGCGAGAUAGCCAGGUGACAACACAGCUUCCGAUCGAGAACGCAAAACGUAGCUUGCUAAAAAGGAUACAACAGCUAGCGGGCACCAAUAAGACGGACGAAAAGUCGGAACGAUUUUACCCAGUUGCUGUUGAGCGUAAGCUCGGUUCGGAGUGAAUUAGCAUCAUCUUACCGUAAUACCAUUAUCCGACGCUUACGAGAGCGAACGAAUGCUCAACUCGACGGUGUAAACGGUUGGCGCUUCGUACCGAUCGGCCACAGUGUAUCCUGCACGAGGAUCUAUUUUCAGCCAGCUCGGGACAAUUUUAAAGUGGUUGUGUUCGUUUUUGUUGUGUGAAGAGUCUUUUUUUUUGUUUGUGCCAACGGAUCUGCUCUCAGCUCUCAGCAUCUCAGUGCGUCAGUGUCAAUGUCGGUGGCGAUUCACCAGAGGACUAUUUCUUGUCGCAUGACCAACGCCACCAAAAUCAUCACCACCGGCAGCCUCUCGGCGGUACCAGUCACGCUUCGAACGUGACACUGCUCGUGAGCGCAUUUCUAGCGCACGAUUGUUUAAAUCAAACAUUUAUUCCCUCGCGCUCGGGUGGAAGAGCGGAAGAUACAAGCCGAGGAAGCAGCAGCAACAGCAACAAAAAGAUACGCACCCGGGCCCCAUCUAACAGGCGUCUAAUAUUUUUAUGGGAAAAAUAUACGGGCAAAAAAGUAAUUUAAAACAUCCGCUACGGAAGCGUAAAGUCGUGCAGUGAAGUGUGGCGAAUAUUUUACCGAAUGUGCGAGUGGUAGUGAUAGCGAUUUUACUACAUAGUAGCAGCAGUAGCAGCAGCAGUCUCUUUUUAAUUAGUACCUCAACUUUGCUUUGACACUCGACGACCGCCAAAAUAGUUGAGGAGCCUCCAAGCGUGUUGGUCCAAGCACACACUCUCUCGACGCAUUGUAACCAUCAGAAUAAUCGAAGCGCAGCCAGGAAGACAACCAGCCUUUCACAAUGACGGUUGAUAAAGGCCACACCAACACCGCGUUCGUCGGAGACGAGGCAAUCAAUGGCAAGAAACCACCGCAGGCGAAGACUAUCGAUCCCAACAUGUACACCUUGGAGAUACAGGAGAAGAAACCAGGACUAGAGGCGGAGUACGAUCCGUUCCAGCAUCGACACGUUGAGCAUCCGACGACAAACAAUGAGACACUGAUUCAUCUUCUCAAAGGAUCACUCGGAACAGGCAUUCUGGCCAUGCCGAACGCUUUCCAUCAUGCCGGUUGGACGGUGGGUGUCAUCGGUACGCUGCUGAUUGGAUUGCUCUGUACCUACUGCAUACACCUGCUGAUCAAAGCGGAGUAUGAGCUGUGCAAGCGGAAACGAGUACCGAGCCUGAACUAUCCGGCCGUCACCCAGACUGCACUUCUCGAGGGACCGGAAGCGCUUAAACCUCUUUCCAAAGUUAUAAUUCACGUAGUAAACGUGUUUCUGCUCAUCUACCAGCUCGGUACCUGCUGCGUGUACGUCGUGUUUGUGUCCUCCAACAUUAAGGCCAUCGCCGACUACUACACCGAAACAGACACCGAUGUGCGGCUGUACAUGCUGAUCAUUCUUCUGCCACUGAUCCUGAUCAACUGGGUGCGGAAUCUGAAAUUUUUGGCACCAUUCUCGACGAUCGCUAAUUUUGUCACGCUCGUCUCGUUCGGCAUCAUCCUGUACUACAUCUUCCGCGAACCCAUCUCGUUCGAGGCACGCGAAAAGGUCGGCACGAUGAGCGGUUUCGCGCUCUUCUUCGGCACAGUUCUGUUCGCGUUGGAAGCUAUCGGAGUGAUCCUGCCGCUGGAGAAUGAGAUGAAAUCGCCGAAAAAGUUCGGUGGCAACUUCGGUGUGCUAAACAAAGCCAUGAUCCUGAUCGUCACGCUGUACGUCGGUAUGGGCUUUUUCGGAUACCUGAACUACGGCUCUGCCAUUAAGGGAUCGAUUACGCUCAAUCUGCCAGAAGAUGAAAUCUUGGCGCAAUGCGUUAAGGGAAUGUUAGCCUUUGCCAUCUACAUCACCCACGGACUGGCGUGUUACGUAGCGAUUGACAUCACCUGGAACGACUACCUGAAGAAAAAUCUGGGUGACUCUCCGCGAAGCGUCUUCUACGAGUACAUCGCACGAACGGUGCUAGUGUUAAUCACAUUCCUGCUGGCCGUGGCCAUUCCCAAUCUGGAGCUCUUCAUCUCGCUGUUCGGAGCACUCUGUCUUUCUGCCCUGGGCAUCGCCUUCCCGGCACUGAUUCAAACCUGCACCUACUGGCAUCAACGGAAGGGCAUGGCCAAGGUUUGGAUGGUCGCGAAGAACAGCGUUAUCGGUGUGGUGGCCGUGCUGGGACUAGUGAUCGGUACCUCGACCAGCAUGAUCGAAAUUAUUCACACCUUCGGUCACGACGAUUGAGGCGAGUGCGGCUGUGUGCGCUAGCAAUCAACGAGCAGCGAAAAUCAACAUCCGCCACCAACAUGAAGUAUUGAUUCGCCAUCUUUUCACUCCAUCAUUUACAAAUAAGUAUUAUUCGACGCGUAAACAGCGCACCUGGCGACAGAGAGAAAGUGCACUUUGCAGAGGGUCGGAGGGGGAGGGGAUGGGGAACGUGAGUGUCCGAAUGUGUGUGUAUGUUUGGGGAGGGGGGCGUGUGCUUCUAAGAGAGAGAGAUAGAGAUAGAGAAUGACAGAGUCAGACGUUUGUGAGGGAAGAGGAGAAAACAUGAUUGUAAAAGCCAUAACCAUUCCUAUGAGAAAUGCGUUGAGAAGUGCAAGCCUUAGGUGCAGCUGUCGAACUACUACCGUGCUGCUCCUGAUCUCCUGAUCAUGAUGUGACAGGCGGUGGCUACCGAAUUGGCGGGGUCCAUUUGCCGUCAGUUGUUCGAUCAUUUCUGUCAUAUGUGCUUUUGUUUUAAGGUGUUCUUGCACAUUCACUUGAUGUUCCCUAUGAUCGCAACGAUCGAUAACUGUGAGUUGGUGGAUUACGCACAGGAAGCCCACCAGGACGAACGUAUGUAUUUGUAAGACUAGCUAAGCUAAGAGGAAUGAUCAACCGGUAAUUUGAAAAGUUGUGUACAUAGUGUAAGUGAAACUGCAAUAAACUCGUAUUUUAAUGAAACAAGAUAA